AUGAGCAGCAUAAGAUACGUCGCAGUGACGGCGUUUGUCAUCGCCCUGGUAGCCUCGAGCGCCGCAGCCAGCACCUCGCGCCGAGAGAACACUGCUUCGGCCAAAACCUCGGAGGAAACUUUUGCAGGGCAGCGCGCCCUCGAAGAACUUUCACACACCCCAGACACCCGCGAGCGCGAUGGCAAGCCGGAUUCCGACACAUCGGAGGGCCGCUGGUUCGGCUGGUUCGGCUGGGGACAUAAGUACCCGUACUAUUACUCGUACUCUUACCCGCACUACAACUAUUACUCGAACUAUUGGUGCGGGACUCCCUAUUACGGAGGUGGUUCUCACGGUGGCUACAACGGUGGCUACAAUUCUUACUACAAGUCCGCGAGCGGAGAGAUCAAAGACGAGAUGAAGUCCAGACAGGUCUUACCGCGAGAUCAGCUCGCCAAACAGGCCAUGCAAAGACAGACGAUUGCAGCGAAGCGAGUUCCCGCUUCGGCGUGCUCGGAGUGGCUAGGCGUCACCCUCAACGAAAUAAGCGAAGCGCCCAACGAGGUUGCAGUGGUUAACGACGGCUGCUGCUUCCCCUCAGGGUGCGCGCUGGCGCCAUCCGCUGGAUGCUUCGCCCAGGACGGGCAGUCAUGCUGCGUACCGGAUUCGGAGAGGAAGGAAACAUGCUGA